AUGGCCUCCUCAAUGAGAUUGGCAAACGGGCUCCUGACCCGGGCCAUCCGCACCGCUGCUAUUGAAUCCGCAUCCACACAACGCCUUCUGCGCAACAACACUGCCUCACAAUGCCGAGCCUACACCCAAGCACAACGCCCACGAUGCGAACAAACCAUGCGAAGCAUGAUCACCUCACGGAACCAGUUCUCGACUUCCGCGUUCCGCGAGAAACAAAAGACAAUGGGCCAGCUGCGCCAGCGUAACACGACCGGUCCAUUCUCGUGGAAGGCUGCGUUGCUGUUCGUGUUGACUGGUGCGGGUAUGAUGCUCUACUUCCGCAUUGAAAAGGCUCGCUUGGAGCGCAAGCGCAUGACAGAAAUGAGCAAGGGUGUUGGCAAGCCUAAGGUCGGCGGACCGUUUGUGUUGAAGGAUCUCGAGGGCAAGGAGUUCACUGCGGAGGACUUGAAGGGAAAAUACAGCUUUGUCUACUUUGGUUUCACCCACUGCCCCGAUAUCUGCCCGGAUGAGCUGGACAAGAUGGCCGAGAUCAUUGAGAAGGUCAAGGCUUCUACCAAUGACGAGAAGCUCUUCAUGCCUGUCUUCAUUACUUGCGAUCCUGUCCGCGACACACCCGAGGUCCUGCGCGAGUACCUCGCUGAGUUCCACCCCGGCAUUGUUGGCUUGACUGGUACCUACGAGCAGGUCAAGAACGUCUGCAAGCAGUACCGCGUGUACUUCAGCACGCCUAAGGAUGUGAAGCCUGGCGAGGACUACCUCGUGGACCACAGCAUCUACUUCUACCUCAUGGAUCCCGAUAAUGACUUUGUCGAGUGCAUUGGUCGCCAGGAUACCCCCGAUUCUGCAGCGAAGGUGAUUUUGGAGCACAUCAAUGACUGGAAGAGAGAAGGCAAGCCUUUGAAGACCGAGUAA